CGAGGCCCCGCAACUGGCACCCUUGUUUCUUGUCUCCAACCGACAAUCACUAUUUAUGUACACAGAUUCGCCAUGAGCUCCCCUCAUCCAAGCACCUUUAGGCCUGGGCGUCGUUAUAGCAGUUUUGUGCGCGCUCGUUUGCUCUCACCAAUUCCCAAUCCUGCCCUUGCAUGAAUUGAAUCGAUUGCCAACAUGUCGACACCCAUCCUGCAGACGCCACUUUCGAAGCUCCUAGGGAUCCAAUACCCUAUCAUCCUCGCCGGGAUGGCGCGAACCUCCGGCGGGCCUCUUGCAGCCGCUGUAUCCAACGCCGGCGGCCUCGGUGUCAUUGGCGGGCUAGGUUACACACCCCAGCAGCUGCAAGCUAUCAUCGACGAGCUGAAAUCCAACCUUUCCGACAAAUCGCUUCCCUUCGGCGUCGACCUCGCACUCCCACAAGUCGGCGGCUCGGCGCGCAAGACGAAUCACGACUACACACACGGUCAAUUGGAUGAGCUGAUUGAGGUCACGAUUAAGAAUGGGGCGAGGUUGUUUGUCAGUGCGGUGGGUGUGCCGCCCGCGAGGACCAUUAAGAGAUUACAUGAAGCCGGGAUAUUGGUUAUGAAUAUGGUAGGGGCGCCGAAGCAUGCGGUUAAGGCGUUAGACGCGGGUGUCGAUAUUUUGUGUGCACAGGGUGGUGAAGGUGGUGGACACACCGGAGAUAUUGCGAAUAGCAUUCUCAUCCCCGCGGUGGUGGAUGUAGCGAGGAAGUACAAGAGUCCGUUGACGGGGCAGCCAGCCAUGGUGGUCGCGGCGGGUGGUAUUUACAAUGGAAGAAGUCUGGCGAGUAGCUUGAUGCAGGGCGCGCAGGGGGUUUGGGUUGGGACGAGAUUUGUUGCGAGCGUUGAGGCUGGGUGCUCGCAAAUGCACAAGGAGAAUGUCGUCUCGGCGUCGUUCACGGAUACUCUUCGCACGCUGGUGGUUAGUGGACGGCCGCUGCGGGUGAAGAUGAACGACUACAUCAGGGACUGGGAAUCGCGGCCGGAUGACAUUAAGAAGCUAACGGAUAGCGGAAUUGUACCGCUGGCGAAGGACAUGGAUGAUGGGAAGGAUGUCGACAUUCCGUUCCUAAUGGGCCAGGUGUCGGGCGCCAUUCAGUCUAUCCAGCCGGCGAAGGAGAUUGUUGAGGAAAUGGUGCAAGAGGCCAUCGAGAUGCUGAAGCUGGGUCAGACGUACAUUGCUGGGCAGAGCAGCAAGCUGUAG